GUGUCCAGACAUCAUCACCCCUGAUUCGCUGUCUGAAGAAUAGAGGGCCAAUGAUGAGGCUGCGUUUUAGUGAAUGACAAUUCAGGAACUCCCGUUCUCACCGCAUGUAGUGCAAAGAAGGAGGCGUAAACACUGAUAUUGCUAGUUAUCCAGCGAGACAAUGGAGAUGAGCAGCAGCAGUGAGUGUUUUGGAUGUGGCCGCUCUGGGCAUUGGGUCAAGUCCUGCCCUAAUGGCCGUGGACGUGGCAGGGGCCGAGGCCGGUGCAAGGAUACACACUGCUUUCGUUGUGGAAACCACGGACACAUAGCCAGAGAUUGUUGCCAGACUGAGGAUGCCUGCUACAACUGUCACGCGAUUGGCCACAUUUCCCGUGAUUGCAAGGAGCCCAAAAAGGAGAGAGAGCAGCUGUGCUACAACUGUGGCAAAGCUGGUCACGUGGCCCGUGACUGUGAACAUGCCAAUGAGCAGAAAUGUUACUGCUGCGGUGGCUUUGGCCACAUUCAAAAACUUUGCGAUAAGGUGAAAUGUUACAGGUGUGGUGAGAUUGGCCACGUUGCUGUGCGUUGCAGUAAAUCCAACGAGGCUAGCUGCUACAACUGCGGCAAGGCCGGCCACCUGGCAAAAGACUGUACCAUUGAAGCCACCGCAUAAACAGUGCGCUCUGUUGCCCCUCCUUUUUUCAGAUUGAUGGUUGGUUGUAUUAUUUUCUCUGAAUCCUCUUCACUGGCCAAAAGUUGGCUAACAGAGGCUAGUCCCGGGCCAGUGAGCCUCACGAUAUGAAAUACAAAGAAAGGGGUGAAAAAAAAUCAUUCUGCAUUCAAUACAAAAAUGUUUUAGUUUGGUAGCGGUGUUAUGUAUAAUGCUUUGUUAAAGAACUCCCCCUUUCCAAGCCACUGGUGAUCAGAGAGAAAUAAAUGGGACGACACACAUGGGCAUCAGUAGGAUCUCUGAGCUCGUGGACGUGAGUCUCAGUUAAACAAGAUAGGAGAAGGGAGUCAGUAGGAACCGAACUUCCUUGUAUGGUUAUUUUGGUUUAGUGGAACGAGUUGGUCAAGAGAGUUUGACAUGGAAACAUUUCAUAACAUGAUGCAUUUCAGCAGAGCAGCUGAGGGUGAAGACAAAACACAUGUUAUAUGGCUAAGGAAGAACUAUUGGAGGUAGUAAAAGAAUCAUGUUCUUUUAUAGUAAUCUGUUUACAAAUUAAAUGAGUCCAAGGUAAAACUUUACUUUUAAAAUGGCUUUGGAAUUACUCUUUUCUUUUUUUGGGACCUUGGCGAUAUUGAACAUAAAAUACAGUUGUCGGAACAGAAGAAUUAGGUGUUAUCUGGGGAUUUAAAAUAAUGUUUUCACAGAAAUCAAAAAUGUUAUUUUUGUACAAUAUCACUUAGACUACUCUAUAAAUACCAUUUGCUUGUACUCAGUUUUUAAGUCGGAAGGAAAAGUGUAACUGAAGUCCUUGAAAAUAGAAAUGUAAUUUUAACUAUCAAUAAAGCUGGAGGAGCACGGGGAAA